AUGAGGAACCUGACUUGGCUGUUCAUCUUUGCAUCCGUAGUCUUGACUCAUGGCACUCAUCUUCCACCGCCCACAGCUAUUACGCGAAAUGGAACCAUACGAGGCGUACAGCUCCCUUCCUUCCAGCAGGAUCUCUUCCUGGGGAUUCCUUAUGCUCAAGCCCCUCGACUAGUCAAUCCCAAGCCUAUCAACAAUACCUACGAUCGCGACAAUCCAUUUGACGCUUCUCGCUACGGUGACACAUGCUACGGCUUCGGUUCCAACGAACUUCUGGGACUGACCCAAAGUGAAGACUGUUUGAAUUUGAAUAUCAUCCGACCCUCCAGAACAGCUGAGAACAAAGAUGCUGACCCUCUCCCUGUUUUAUUCUGGUUAUAUGGCGGAGGCCUGCACCAGGGUUCUUCCGCAGACCCAAUGUGGAACCUAUCGUAUAUUGUGCAACGAUCCGUAAUGGAGGAACAGCCCCUCAUCGCCGUGAGUAUCAACUACCGUCUCUCUUUUCUUGGAUUUCCAGGAGGGCAGGAGGCUUUGAAUGCCGGGGUGACCAACCUGGGACUGAAGGACCAGCGAUUGGCCCUGGCUUGGAUCCAGGAGAAUAUCAUCGCAUUUGGUGGUGAUCCGCUCCGGGUUACAAUCUGGGGCGAGUCUGCGGGUGGAAUCAGUGUUGUACAACAUCUAACAGCCUAUGGAGGCCAUGGUGGCACUGAGCUGUUCAGUGGUGCCAUUGCAGUUAGCGGGUUUGCAACGGGAGCUGCUUUGCCAGACACGGAGAAGAUGCAAGCUGGGUUUGAUCAGUUGGUGGAAGGGGCUAAUUGUACGAUGGCAGAGGAUAAGCUUGAUUGUCUUCGCAGGACCUCAUUGUAUAACCUAUACCCCAUUGAAGGGAGCAUAGAUGGGGGAUGGGGUCCGAUAAUAGACGGUGAUUUCCUCCGGAGACCUCCUGCGUGGGAGAUUCAUGAUGGAAACUGUGCUCGUGUGCCUCUCCUUCUGGGCAGUAAUUCGGACGAGGGCCUGAUCAAAGUCACGGCGUCGGAAUACUUUCCCAACUCGACGAAUGAGACUGCAGCUUUACUAGAAACCAAUUUUCCUCUCCUGCAACAUUCGGUCAUUGAGCAGCUACUAGAUUCAUACCCAGAAGAUGGACAAGGAGAAGCACCGCCAUACUCCCUGCCGCCAGACUUCGCCUGGUGCAAGGCUAUGCACGCUGCCAAUCUUCCCUGUGGCUCUCAAUACCGUCGCGCUGCAGCCCUGUUGGGGGAUUAUGUCUCGCACGCGCCCCGAAGGUAUAUGGCCCAGCUGUGGUCGAGACUCGGUCUGCCAACGUACAGCUUCCACUUCAAAGCGGCCACAACGGGUAUUCCAAUCCAAUACUUCUACGGCCUGGGGCCUGGCUUUGCGAACCACGGCGCCGAUUUGGCGUAUGAGAUGGGAUUGCCAGGAGGCUUCACUACGCCCAUUCGGUUCUACCCACCGGUCAAGAAUGUUUCUGGGCAUGUGGCCCUGUCGAUGGAGAUGAAUCGACGGUGGAUUGCGUUCGUGACGAGAAGGGAUCCGAAUGAAUUGAGAGGUAUGUAUAUUUGA